AUGGAGGACGACAUACCACAGGCAGUUCGGAACUGCCGUACCUGCAAGCAAGACCUGCCCGAAGUCGAAUUUCGAGGCGUCAAGGACCCUACGAAGUUUACAGGACAGUGUAGUAGCUGCAGGGCGCGCCAAAAGGAACGGGCGACCGAAUCUCGAGCCGCGGUUGCCGCCAUGCGGAACAUCGUCUCAGGGCUGUCGCCGCGCAGAACGGCGAAGAGGACCGAUUCUCAGGCUCACUUGACGCCUCCACGGCGAAAUGCGCCAGCGCCUGUAUCCAUUAAUAGCUCACAACCCCCUGCAACGCCUGCUGUAUUCCGUGGUCUGGCGCCCGUCCUCCAGGGACUGCCCAGACCUCUGCUGGACCCCUCUACCUCAAGCGUGGUGGAAGGAGUCCUCCCUAUCCCUCCCACCCCCAGCCCGCCAAGAGUAGUUCUGGGCACGCCGAUUCCUAGUGACACCGCCCCAACGGCUCCUAUUGUGCUAGGCACGCCUGUACCACAGGAAUCAUUCCCUACCACUGCUUCAUUACUGCCACAGGGUCAUCGCCGCGGCCGCUAUACACGUCAAGGCAUCGUGAACCGACGGCCACGGCCGCAGCUUCAAGAACGACAGUUUGAUCAGAUAGUUGAUCCACCUUUUACAGGGGACCUUGAUUUGCCUACCCUUAGUGAGGAGGAUCAGGCCCUUGUGCGGGAGUUCUAUACUGCCCUGAAUGACGACAAGAUGCAUAGUUGCAUUCGCUGCCGGGAGCAUUGGUUCGAUAUGAAGAAAAACAGCUUGGGAGUUUGCAGCCGCUGCAUCAGUCGAGAUAGGGAGAGAACCCCCGAUGAGCCCUACUUCUUUAGCGCUGCCAAUAGCCUUGACUUCGGGGAAGUCCCCGGUAGUCUACCCAGCCUAACGAUGGUUGAGGAGAUGCUGAUUGCUAGGGUUCACUAUAAAUACCGCGGCCAUGUUGCCCACUUCCUUCGCAAUGUUGGUAGGCUAUUUGAAGAGCUCCCGGUCCUACCUGAAGAGCUAGAUAUCGUGCUCCUGCGGCCUCCUGACAUGGAGGGCGACCCUCACUUCCAGCAGCAGUUUGCUCGCGAUUUCCGGCGCCACCACCCGGGCUAUCGCGAUAUCGUUGUGAGGCAGGAUCGCUUGCAACGGCUUCCUCUCGACGGCAGCAUAGUUGCUUCCGUUGCUAGCCAAGUGGCUGAUAUACCUGACGGCGAGGCCCCCCAAGGUCCGGUUGAGGAGGAUGUAGAAGAGGAUCCAGUAGAUGUAGAUGCAUCGGCGAUCCCGAAUUUGCAGGUUACCGAUACCGAAUUAAACGCCCUGCAAUCCCGAUUCCUUUAUGGCACCCCUGACCCCGAGCGUAUGGCCGAUCUUGAGUAUAUACCGCCUAAUGCGCAGACUCAACACCAGAUACCACUACCUUCUAUUCGCAGGCCUGGCCUUUUCGUCACAGAGUGGAAAGCGGCUCCUGAGGCGGCGCGGAUGGCUCUGUCCCGGCAACUACUGCGAGAUAACGCCUACAUUGCCGCCUAUCACUUCCAUAAGCGCUAUAUGCUCUUUAGGACUAUUGUCCUGAAGCAGAAGUUUAACCUAAUAGACUUUUGGGGUCGCUACGAGUGGGGCGAGCGGAACAAUAGCCAGAUGAACCACUACAACCGUUUACUUGCCGUCGCGUGGCUAGCCAAUACAGAUAUGUCACCCUGCAUGAGCCUGCAGCAGGUGAUCGAUUACGUAGCUAAAUACUGCUCUAAGUCGGAGAAGAAGAUCGCUGAGCGAGACUACUCGAAGCAGGAGGUUAGCUACCUGCUCCUCGGCCUGCCGCUACAAGAGGGUUCACGAACCUGCUUACAAAUUGAUUGCCGUAAUCCUGAUAUGCAUUCUCGCUUCCUGCGGAUUGACGCCGAUGAGGUUGACGAGGCGCCCAACGUCUACGAAAAGUACUGUCAACGCCCCGAAGCCCUAGAGGACCUGACGAACCCUUCCAAAUGGAAGCAAUGGCAGCCAGGCAACGUUAACGGCAGGCCUCGUGUAUUGGUCUACUUUCCUCGCUAUUAG